AUGAGAUGGUGGAAAUCCAGCAGAAGAUUUCCUCUCUCCAGAACCUCUUCGAGGAGAAGGCCAAGUUCCGCGCCUCCCUCUUCGCCAAGAAGCGGAACCUCCAAAAGGCCACCAUGGCGACCAACCGUUUCCUCACAGAGAUGGGCCAAACCCUGCUCACCUCCGAGGAGGAGGAGGAGGAGGAGAAGGAGACCGCCGAGGAGGGCGAGACCUCCAACACCGUCUAAUCAAACAAAGGCCUGCGGGCAUUUUUUCCUGCAGAUGAUCUUCCUGUUUGCUUGGCUCAUAAUUCUGUGA